AUGAGACUUAACUUCAUUCUCGCCCUAAGCAUCGCCUCGGCAGUGACAGCCCUUCCUCAGGGUACUAACCCACCGGAUAAGGAUGGGCACAUCACCCUAAGGACUAAACUCUUUUGCAACAACGGGACGGAGGGAGAUGGCGGCUGCGAAGCCAAUGGCCUAGCAACCUUCUGCUGUAUCGGAAAUCAGGCAUCAGGAGCAUUUAACACCAUGCGAUUGACCACCGUUAAGACCAAGAACAAAGCCGGAGAAGCUUUGUGUCAAGAAGCUCCAAACGGAAUCCAAGGCGUCAGAUUUUGUGCCUAG